AUGAUCAUUUCUCUGUAUAUAGAUGAUCUUUUGGUGACUGGAAGCAAACAUGCUCAAUUAGAGGAGUUCAAGAAGUCCAUGCACAAUGAGUUUGAAAUGACAGACUUAGGGGAAAUGUCAUACUUCCUUGGGAUGGAAAUUGAUCAGGGUGCAGAUGGAAUUUUCGUGAACCAAAAGAGGUAUGCAAGUGAAGUUCUUAAGAAAUUUAGCAUGGAGAAUUGUAAACAAGUGGAUUUACCAUUGGUUCCAAAUGCGAAAUUAUCAAAGAAUGAUGAGACUAAAAAGAUUGAUGAAGGGUUGUAUAGGAGCUUGAUUAGUUGCUUGCUGUACUUGAAAGCAGCCAGGCCAGACAUAAUGUAUGCCACGAGUAUGUGGUCUAGAUUUAUGAGUCAACCAAUAGAGACUCAUUUCAAUGCUGCAAAAAGGGUGCUGGAUAUGUGA